UCUUUCCUUUGAUUCAACACACACUCUCUUGUGAGAUUCCUUCCUUUUAUCCAAAUCUUCUUACAUUCACUCGGCUGGCCGUCGCUCCAGACCUUGAUCUGAGAUCAGUCCUUACAAACCACUCAACUUGCCCAUUCAUUCUCUCUCUCUCCGCCGUGCGUUGAGAUAUAACAACAAGUCGAGCCAGUCUCCAGAAUACAACACACAAUUCAAAGUACAUAAAAAGUCAAGAACUUUUUCUCUACAACACCGUCAAAAUGUUCACCAAGUUCACCACCAUCCUUGCUGCUUCUUCUGCUGCCUUGGUCUCUGCCGGCCCUCUCCCCCGUGGUGACUCGGGCUCUGCCAGCAUCACCCCCCACGACCAGUACUCCAGCAGCAUUGGAGUUCUCGGCUGCAAGAUCAACACCAACCGCGUCGCCUACUGGCCCGGUUCCGUUGACUGCAACAACAUCUGUGUCAAGGUCUCCAACGAGGGCCGCUCCGUCUAUCUCCUCAAGAUUGACUCCUCUGGUGGCGCUCACGACAUCUCCUACGAUGCCUGGAACUACCUUGGCUUCGGCGAGUCUGCCACCAAGGACCCCCAGCAGGGCGGUGGCAUCGCCAUGAACUACGAGUACGUCCACGCCUCCAAGUGCAAGGACAUCCUCGACAACGGCAAGCUCCCCCUUGCCGCCGCCAACUCCAUGAACUACGUCGCCUCUUGCCUCAGCGAGCCCAAUAGCUGGGUUGCCCAGAACUACGAGCUCUACAACAUCAACGACCCCGUCUGCAAGCACGGUGUCGACGAGAAGUGCCACCUCAACCUUGCCGUCAGCAACCAGCCUGAGUGCCCCAGCGGUCUCGGCUCCGUCAAGGACCUCAACCUCAAGGUCGAGAACAUCGCCUACGGCUCUGGCAAGAAGGUCGCUGCUCAGUAGAUGACAACGCAUGUCUUAUGUCUUACAUGCUACGAUGAUCACAAUAGAAAAUCGCCGCCCUAGCAGACAGAUGCAGGGGGCGUAUCACUCGCUACGAAUGAUAUGAAACUUUUGGAAUGGUACACAGGAUACAGGAAGGAAAAAGGAUAGAUAUGUUUUUGUUUUACAUCUACUUCUCGUGUACAUACUUGAUGAAAUGUCAAUACAUUGCCAUCUACCUCA